AUGAAAAGACCCUGCCCAGUCACUGAUACCCCAGUCAAAAAGAGAAAGUACACUCUGCCUAUCACCCCAGACCAGUCCCCCGUCAAACAAAAACUAUCCUUCGACCAAAGCUUAUACUCAAGAACAAAAGCCGUCCUACAGAGAUCAACCGCCAUCAACACCACCUCCCAAGGCUCCCUAGUCACAAGACAGUCCCACCACUCAACUCUCAUCGAAUUCCUCGACAAUGCUAUACAAUCAGGAAAUAGCGAUUCCUUAUACAUCACCGGCCCUCCAGGCACAGGGAAAACAGCUCAAGUGCAAGCAAUAAUAAGAGAUAACUUCCAACCAAUUCCAAUCCCAAACUUCGACCAAUCCAACACCACCACCACUUCAAAACUAUCUCCUAAAAAAAAUAACAUCUCCUUAUCAAACUUAUCCUACUACACCCUGCCAAACGGUACUGUCAAGAAAGUCGCAACCGUGGUCAUCAAUUGUAUCGCGCUCAAUGAAGAAAGCUCGAUUUUUAACAAAAUUUACAACUCUUUCAACUCCCAUUUACCAAGCUCAAUCGUAUCAACCAUGUCCCAUCUACAAGACUUCUUCAAACUGUACUCCCACGAUACUUCAUUCCUCGUGGUGCUUGACGAAAUUGAUAAACUGGCUUCAAAUAAUUCAAUCUCGGAUGUCACCGCUACUAAGAAAAUCUUCGAAUUGUUCCUAUUGGCAAAAGUCCCAGAUUUGAAUUUCAUCCUCAUAGGCAUCGCCAACAGUUUAGAUAUGAAGGAUAGACUCUUGGCCCGUCUCAAUUUAAGAAAAGAUUUAUUACCACGCACUCUAUUGUUUAAACCAUACUCUGCUGAAGAAAUGUUCGAAAUCAUCUCCGAUCGUUUGUCAAAGAUUAAAUAUUAUGAAAACGAAGAACCUAUAUUCAAUCCAAUGGCAAUCAAAUUCGCUGCUAAAAAAUGUUCUGGUAACGCAGGUGAUUUGAGAAAAUUAUUCGACGUGCUAAGAAACAGUAUAGAGGUUUUACAAUUAGAAAUGAUAGCAACAAAUGGUGGUUUGCUUUCAAGCAGAAAUUUAAACAAAUCUUCUUCAAAUCAAAUCAAAAAAGUUGGCCUACAGCACGUUGCAAAAGUAUUCUCUUCAAUCAUGAAUGCCUCUGCAACCAAAUCACGUGUCAAUAAAUUAAAUUUACAACAGAAAAUCGUCCUAUGUUCAUUGGUCCACAGAGAAAAAUCAUCCAUCUUUCAAGCUCAUUGUUCAGUCGAUGAGGCUUACGACUAUUAUUCAACUUUACUGAAAAAAAAAGAUACUCUUACUCCUUUGAAAAGAGAUGAAUUCAUGGAGAGUUGCAACGCCUUGGAGACAUGCGGUGUAGCCUCUAUCUUCUCAACUAGAGCUCAAGGGAAGACAAGACAUAAAAUGAAAGCAAUAAAAUCAACAAUAGACAAUAAAGAACUUAAUAUAGAGAUAGAGAAAAUUGAUCUAUUGAAACCUUUCAUGGUAAAUUGA